UAAAAGGAGUAUGACAGCCCUUAUGUGAAGUUUGCUAAGCGAAUUGGUCCAGAACGCCGGGAGAGCAUCGUCCCAGGAACUCUUCUAGUCCCGGCGUUACAGUGAUACUGAACUUACCACCGGUGGUGAUGUCAGGAUGGCGAUCGUUGAGAAGAACUGUAUAUGAACUGAUACCAUAUUCUUUUUCUUAGAAUCGCCGAUACUCUCUACCAUGUCCGCAGUCCAGGCAGCUAAAGAUCUUGCGGCCACCGCAACCUCUUCAAUCACGAACCUCGUAAACGGCGCCAAGCUACCACAAAAUCAGACCAUACUCAUUUCUGGCGCCUCUGGUUUCGUCGCCGCACAUGUUCUAAACUCCUUCCUUCAGCGCGGGUACAAUGUUCGCGGCACUGUCCGGUCAGAAGCCACCGCCGAAAAGGUCAAGCAGACACACUCCAAGUACCUCAAGCAAUUGAGUUUCGCCAUCGUCAAGGACGUAGCCGUCCCCGGAGCCUUCGAUGAGGCCGUAAAAGAUGUCGACGGCGUCGUCCACACCGCUUCUCCCUUUGUAAUGGAUGUCGAGGACAACGAGCGCGACUUACUAAACCCAGCCGUCAAAGGCACCACGGAAAUCCUAAAGGCGAUCAAGAAGAACAACCCCAUCGUCAAGCGCGUUGUUAUCACCUCCUCUUUCGCUGCCCUCGUCGACCUAUCUCAGGGUACCCGUGUAGGCUACACAUACACCGAAGCCGACUGGAACCCCGUGACUUGGGACGAGGCGAAGACGGGCCCCGGCGGCGUCGCGUACUGCGCAUCCAAGGUCUUCGCUGAGAAAGCGGCGUACGAGUUCGUGGAGAAGGAGAAGCCGAACUUCACUAUCUCGACAAUCUGCCCGCCUAUGAUCUACGGCCCCAUCGCGCAGAGCGUCACUGACCUCUCACGCCUCAAUACCUCGGCUGCGGAUAUCUAUCGCUUGUUCAACGGAACAACGAAGGAGGUCCCCGCCACAGAAUUCCCUGCGUACGCUGAUGUGCGCGACGUAGGCGAGGCGCAUGUCCGUGCCUACGAGAGCGUGGGCGCGGCGCAGCAACGGUAUUUUAUCACUGGUGGCAAUAUGAGCUACCGGGAAAUCUGCGAAAUCAUUCGCGAGGUGCCGGAGGUGAAGGAGAAGGUGCCGCAGGCUGCUCCUGGCUCAAAAGAGCCUGAGGUGUAUAAGGUCAGCAAUGCGAAGGCAACGAAGGAGCUGGGCAUGACCUUCAUCCCGCUUAGGCAGUGUAUCAUCGAUACGGUGCACAGCUUGCUGAAGGUGGAACAGAGCGUUGGGAAGUAGGAGGGUUUACCUCGCGUUAGUGUGUUUCCUUUUUGGCCUAGAGCAAACGGUGGUUUGUCCCUAGUAUUUUUGAGAGAGCAGAAUCUAUUGAACCUCAUUUAUAUCUCAAUCGAUGUGUCUUUUUCUUGGCAUCUGCUUACCAGUCACGGGUAAUAACUGCCCCGUAACGGUUAGAAUAACGCA